GCGUCACCAAAUGUCUGUCCGUCUGUAUGCGCACCACAGUGUCUACAAAGCCAUUCCAUCAUUCUCGUACCAAUUCAGAGGAUUUUCGUUUAUUGGUCUUGGAAACGUGACAAUUGAGGUGGAUCAGUUCUAUGGUCGCUUCGAUUCUCUGUGGGCUAUGAUGUCGACUGUCAAACUGGAAGUGGCGAAUGAUCGCAGAUAUCCUGCUGUGUUUUACUUCAGAGAAUGCACGGAUAUCAGAAUAGAAAAUUUCAAUUUUCACAUUUCUCACGACUUUCCCAGUGUGGCUGGUCUCACGUUUGAUCUCUCGUCGGACGUUGUUGUCGAAAACUGCUCAUUUUCUGAAGUGGCACGUGACUCGUCUGCUAUUGUUGUUGUUCAUCCUGUUGGCUCCACUCUCUUGUCUGAUAUCCUUAUUAAAUCUCUACACGGUAAGGGAGGAUACCAUCAACUGAUUCUUGUAGCAUUCAGUGGUUUUGACGAUGAGUCAAACUCCACUCCAAAGUUGCAAUUGGUUGCUGUAACUCUAAUAAAUGUGAGAAUUACCGACAUUGUGGCUGUAGACUAUAAACCACAGUCUGUGGAGCAACUUCUGUCUGGAAAAAUUCAGUAUCCCAACUAUGACUACAAGGAAAACUGGAAAGCGGCAACGGCUAUUUUAGUACUGUUCAGGAAGGGAUCUCUAGCUAGAGUAUUGAGGAUGCAAAACUGUGUUAUCCAUAAUGUAAAGCCAAACGACAACAGAUCGCCAGUCACUAUACAGUUUGAAGAUGCUUCUCUUGAUCUUGUUGAAAUGGAAAAUUGUAGUUUUUCUAAUAACUUUGGCUCGGUUGGAGGAUCUGUGGCUGCCUUUUUUGACAAGAAUCUAGGCAACACUGAGAUAGCAGCUAACCACAUUCUUUUCAAGAACUGUACGUUUAGAAAUAAUUCCGCUCUUUUCAAUGGUGGUGCUGUUUUUGUGGACUACCUUACUGACGCUGCUGCUAAUGACGUUAGAUUUGAAAACACAUCUUUUCUCAAUAAUCAAGCUCCAUUUGGUGGUGCAUUGUUGCUUCGUUAUGAUGGUGACAUAUCAAGUGGUGUGACUACAAAAAAUUCAAAGCAAGUCAUCAUUUCAAAUUCAACAUUUAUUGGAAACAUAGCCAGUCAUGGUAUUGUGUAUGCAAACGGCAUGUCGUUAACAAUCAAUGGCAAAAGUUUGUUUGAGUCCAAUGAGGAAAGCUGUAUUGUAUUGAUAUCAUCAUCAUGUCACCUGGAAGGGUAUCCUUGUUUCACAGGAAAUAAAGCUACAGAUGGAGCUGCAAUAUCAAUAAACGACGGAAGCAUGGUCUAUAUGGAUAUGGUUCAGAGAGCUGAAUUUCAUGAGAAUGUUGCCGAUCGUCAUGGUGGGGUAAUAUGGGCAGACCACGAUACUGCCGCUGAAACAUACAAUGAGUUUUUGCUUCAUUCCACAACCUACAUUGAUCCAUCAAGGCCUUGCUGCAUUAGAUUCGGAAAUGAAGCAGGAAUACCAGGACAACAUGAUAUUGUGCAGAAAAAUGGGGCAAGAUUUGUCUUUGACUCCAAUCGAGCUGGAGUGCAAGGGGAUGUCUUUUACUUUUAUAGCUUUCGUCACUGUUGGCUGGGCAACUUUGUCCCAUUACCAUCUCAAAGAAUUGGGCAAGAUGGUCUUAAUGACAAGGCGACAUCUUUUAAGAAUGUUAAAGUCGCUGCCAACAAAAACGCAGUCACAACAGCUGCUUCGGCUCCAAAUUUCUUUGCUCUUGCUGGAGCAAGCUGUCGAUGCUUCAAACCAGUUGGUCCAGUUUACAUUUCACUAGCAAGUUGUUUGGAUGAGAUUGCCCUUGCUGUGUUUUCGAAUGUUUCAGCUUUGAAUCGCAGUGCUGAACUUUUAUCUCGUGAGUUUUAUGAUAUUACGUACAGUGACAAUGGGUUUCUUAAUCCAUCUGCUGGUAUUGGAAUCACUCCUCCCCCAGAACGAUUGUAUUUACCUUGGUCAUUUACUGUUUAUGAUGACACCAAGGAACCAGGAUCUAAACGUAAAGCUUCUUUACAACAAAAUCCAAGUUUGAUUACAUUGACACCUGCUCCUGGAGAGUUUUUCUAUCUCAACUUCACUCUCCACGGACAGUUUAUGGAGCCAAGUGAUACUACAGCAUACAUACAAGUGGAGGCCACUGCAAGUAACUCGGAGCCUCCUGUGCUAUUGGAGUACAAUGGAUUUCUUCAUCCAUCAAAUUCUCGCAUCUAUUUUUCUCCCAACUCUCCUUUAUCUAAUUUGAGACUGCAUGGUUUGACGGGCUCAUCGGGCACACUGGUAGCUCGAACCACGUCACAUGUUCUCGGACUGGAACUGGUUGUGAGAGUACCCUUUAUUUUGAGCAGCUGUCCUUUUGGUUUCUCUUCACCUACUGCAGCCUAUCAAAGGGAAACAGUUGUCUAUUUAUCUGACUUGUUGGUGGUACCACAAAAAGGCACUCCAACAAAUCAACCGACUCCUUUUGCUUGUAACUGCUACAGCAUCAAUGACACAUACAAGAGUGCAGUACUCUACUGUGAUAAUGGGAACACUGCACAUAUUUACCAAUCGAAAUGGUUUGGUGACCCAUCUCCUGUCAACAAUGACAAUAAAACCGACUAUUGCAAUCGCAUUGACUACAAACCAAAUAGCAGUGAAGUGACAUGCCAUGUGGAUCCUCCUAUGAAUGUGGUGAUCGUCAAUAGGAAGGCGGCAUUUGCCGACUGUGUCCUCGACUUCUGCAAAGAAGUGGAGAUGGAAACAUGGACCGAAUCAGAUGGCAUUUGUAGUGAAAACAGGCAGGGACCAUUAUGCGGUGAAUGUAAAGAUGGCUAUGCUGUCACACCGUCAUCCCUGCAUUGUGUCAAGUGUCAAGACCAGCAAGGUCUCAUCAUAUUUUUCACGUUUUUCUUUGGCUUGGUAAUUGCACUUGCUAUCAUUCUAUUGAACAUAACAAUAUCACCACUUGGUGCUGCACUACUUUUCUUCACACAAAUGUCGGCCUUACUUUUGGAUGAUAACAGUGGAACCUACUUUAUCAUUCAUCUCGUCAAUUUGGAUUUUUCAUUUGGUAGGUGUUACUCUUCCAACUUUACUGCUAUUCAGAGAUUGGCAUCACACUUUGUUCCAUCGAUCUACAUGCUCGUAUUGGUCAUAUUGUUCACACUGGUUGCUGGUCGAGUUCGCCGUAUUUCACGUUAUGUGUCUAGACAUUCUUGCCUGGGAGGAAUCUGGUUGAUCAUCUUGUUGUCGUACUUCAGUCUUGCUAAUGUCUGUUUUGGGUUUAUGCAAUGCAUUGAGUUCAGACCCUCUGAUGUUGUUACUUCAACGUAUCGUUUCGUGGAUGAUCCGGGGUAUGCUUGCUACGAGAAUCCACAUCUCGGUUUCUUUAUCUGGUCUUGCCUUGUUGCUGGAUUGUUUGUAUUGCCAUUUCCUAUCGUUGUUCUAUUGCUUCGGCGAUCAACACGUUUCAAGCCAUUUGCAGAUAUUUGCUAUUCAACCUUCAAGGAUUCCCGAUGGUGGUGGUGUGCUGUAGACUUAGAAAGGAGGCUCUUGUUUACUCUGAUCUACACUUUUGUUCCUGGGCAGGACGACCAGGCUCUCAAAAAUACACUUCUUAUCCUGAGCUCAGCAUUGGUACUGCUUCUACAAGGGAUUUCUUGGCCUUAUCGGGCAACAUUUGAUAAUGUAUUCGAAUUACUGCUUUUGUUUGAUCUUUGCUGUUUAAGUUCAAUUUCUGCUGGAUCAGGUGUUGGAACACAUCGUUGGCUUACAGCAGCCUUGAUAUACAUUCCUUGGAUUGUAGCAGUGAUUGUGUGGACUUACCAGAAACGAGAUCGAUUGAUCAGACUUGGUCAGAAAAUAGGCCUUUGCAUGUCAUAUGACAUGGAAUCAUCUCGGCCAGCUGUCUUAGCUAAAUAUAUCACAACAGAAAAUGACAGCAUGUAUGACAAGGAUGACUUGGAGUUGGAAUUGAAGAGAAGAGGUAGUACGAUUGUACUGGCUGGAUUACGAGAUCGUUUACUGGAUGAGAAUGAAAGUUGUAACUAACUGCUGGUUUGAGUAUUGUUGCCUAUGUGAGUUGAGGUUGAUUUUAUGCUCUAGAUAAUUGCUUAACCGCCUCUGUCAUAUUUCACAAGCUAAUAUUUCACAAGCUAGUUAUACCUUGACAAUUGUAUGAAUUAUGUGCAUGCAUUUGGCUGAAAUUUUGUAAACAUUAUCAAUUGCAUUUAGAGCAAGAGUACAAAAACAAAGCAA